AUGGCCAGUCACGACCACAACAAGCAGCAACAGCAAAAAUCUCUUUCCACUCCUUCCACUCCUUCCACUCCAACUCGUUCUCGUCCUCAAAAUGAACACGAGUCUAGUGGGAGCCCACAACGGCCUUCCUAUUCACCCGUCACUCCAACAUUAUCUCAAACUAGUUUGGCCGCCCAGGAUGAUGCUCGAGCGGAAUCUCCACCCUCGCAAUGGAUGGAUGAGCCUGAACCACUCCCUGUCAGCCUCGAUGACAACCCCGAUGCCAUGGCGUUGAGAGCAACACUAUCCAUCCUCCAACUUCAGCGAAACCAGGCUUUGCAGGAUAUGCGAGAACUUAACAAGAUGAAACAGGCCGCUCUCGAAGACCCCGAGCGAUUUGUUAGGGAUCUCCAAGAGGGCAAAUUGAACCAAUCUCCUCGAAAAGGUGUAGAAGUCGAUGAUGUGGCGCCGGGAGCUGAUGACAAUAAUGCCAAAGAUGCGUCCAAAUUCGGCCAAUUUCCAAGCGCACAAAAUGUUGUUCGAUGUCCACCAGUGGAAUGGGCUAAGUAUCACAUCGUUGGCGAGCCACUAGAUCGUAUUCACGAACAACAACAGCAGUAUCCGGGUUUAACGGAAGAAAUGAGCAAUGGGUCUCACCGCCCUCGGCCUCAUGCAAUCGCGGCUCCCUUCAGUCCGUUUGUGGACAAGUUGGAAGGAGCACGAGCAACACCGAAAAGUCGGAAUGUGGAAACUAAACCGGUCUAA